ACGUUUGAUGUGCGCAUGCGUGACCAGUUUUUUCCCCCCCUCCACCCGGUAGCUGAGAGUUCCUUCUUGUGGGUGGGCAUGUUGCCUCAAGUGCGCCUCAGUCUUCUCCCAAGAGCCCGCUGCCUUUUCGAUGAGCCCGUUCACGUGAAGGUGGCCGGUCUAGAGUCCAGACAAGUGGUCACUCUGAGGGCCCAGGCCACCGACGAGCGGGGGGUGGUCUUCCGCUCGGCGGCUGUCUACAGAGCAGAUGGUGACGGGGAGCUGGACCUCUGCCGGGAUGCCGCCCUGUGCGGUUCCUACGAGGGGGUGGAGCCUAUGGGCUUACUGUGGUCCAUGCGGCCCAUCGUCCCACACAAAUACUUCCAUUGGAGUAAGGCGCUGAGUCCCCACCUGGUCAGGUUCUCGGUGCACGAUGGUAUGGACGUGGAGGAGAAAGAACAUGGAGGUGCCCUCGCGGAGGUCAUCAACGAGAGGGUCCUGUUGGGGGAAGGCGUCGUCAGGGAGGUUGUCAACUUCGGGAAGGGGAACGGAGUGCUGUUUACACCACCAGGCGAGGGUCCGUUCCCUGGCGUGCUGGAUUUGUCCUCCUUUGCUUCAGAGAAACGAGCCAGCCUUUUGGCCAACAAAGGCUUUGUGGUCCUGAACGUGUCCGUCAUGUACGACAAGCCUGCCAAGAUCAACUAUCUGGAGCUGGACCACUACCAGGAGGCUCUGGUCUUCUUGCAGCAGCAACCCAAGGUGGGCGGUGACGGAUUGGGCGUGAUCGGGCGUUCCAAAGCGGGCGACAUCGCCUUGUCCCUGGCAUCCUUCGUGCCGGGUGUCCGUGCGGUGGUCUGGAUCAACGCCUGCAGCGGAAACAUGGGAGCGCCUCUGCACUACCGGGGUCGAGAGGUCCUCUCCCCCGUGACCUUGGACUUGACCAAGAUCAUACCCGCUGCCGACGGUGCCAGCAUCAUCAAGUUUGGUGUUACCGACCCCAACAGUGAAGAGAACCGGACCAGCCGGGUCCCCAUAGAGAAAGCCACUGCCGACUUCCUCUUCCUGGCUUCCGAGGACGACCUCAACUGUGACUGCCGGGCCUCCAUGGAAAGCAUGGCAGCACAACUCUGGUGAGUAGAUCGUCUAAGGCUCUGGGG